GCGGGCGCAAUAUGGCGGCACGUCGCUCUCUCGGUGUUGGUUGCGACAGCGCUCGUCGGGAUCGUCGGAUUCGCGGCCGUGGGAGAUCGUGAACCGCCCCGUUCGCGGGUGGCCCUCUCGUGCGCGGCGACCCCUGUCGCUCUCGCAAAAGGACGCGACGCCGGCGUGACGGGCGAGGACGUACGAAGCGCGUCGCGUCGCGUCGCACCGUCGCCGCGGCCAGAGUCCCUUCGGUAACUCCAGUUUGCUCCAGUUAUCCCGUCGCCGUGACGCGCGUCGCCUCGCAGCCGCCCGUCAUGCAUCGAGCGACCCGCGCGUCGUCCCACCGCGUGGGCAAUCGCGCCGUCGGCACCGCGAGAGGAGGACGGAAGCAUGGAGUUGAAAAAAACGUAGCCAAGACGUCGCCCUUAAUUGUACAAAGUAAUGACGCGAGUUUACCGGUGAAGAAGGAGAACGAGCUGGAUACCGUCAGACAGGCGACAAAUAAAUUUGACCCGGUCAAAAAGCAAUCCGUACUGAAAACGUGCAAAUCUCCCAUACAUGUAACUUACUUUCGUAGUCAAGCUCUAAAUGGCGAAGUUACAAAAGGAAAGGGUCCGCUCGCCCAGUAUUUUUUCGAUAAUGCUGUUUCGACUUGUGUUCAAGUAAAGGAGGAAAAUACCUCUUACGUAGAACAAUUCAAAACAGACGAGACACCAGUAGCUGUUCCAAUUUGUACGCCUUCUACGCCACAUAAGAUAAAGAUGCCGUCGGAAGACAUAGAUGAAGAAAAAGAUGCUACAAUUACUACCAAGGAAAAGCAAUCUGUGAUUACAUUACUGAGCCCGUUACAAGUGAAGAAGCCAGCUCCGCGUGGACGUAAAAAAGGAAUCUCCAAUCAGUCUCUCGCUUACCGUCCGUCGAAGCUGCCGGGCAUUCAAACGAAUCAUUCGAUUACGGACUACUUUCCAGUGCGCCGUAGCGUGAGGAAGAGCAAGAAGGUUGUAUUAGAGGAGAAACAACGUGAUCUAGAAAAUAAGGUGCUCUGCCAGGUGGAGGAUGGUUUAAAGAUCAGAAACUUUCCGGGCAAAGGUCGCGGUGUCGUAACGACACGGGAGUUUGCUAAAGGCGAGUUUGUAGUGGAAUAUGUCGGCGAGCUGAUCAAUCAGGGGGAGGCGAAGGAGCGCGAGGAGAUGUACGCGCAAGAUCAGAACACUGGAUGUUACAUGUAUUACUUUCAGCAUCGUAACCAGCAGUACUGCGUUGACGCGACCGCGGAGACGAAGAAACUUGGCAGAUUGGUGAACCAUUCGAGGACCGGCAACCUGAUCGCGCGGAUCGUCGAAGUCAAUUCAACACCGCAUCUGGUACUUACGGCCAAGGAGGACAUACCGAUCGGCGUGGAGGUCUCGUACGAUUACGGGGACCGAAGUCGCGAAUCCAUUCGUCAUCAUCCAUGGCUGGCGUUAUAGCACCUUCAAUUUACUAUUUAUACGACGUCGCGUUACAUUGUACAAAAGAUUCAUUUCAUUCACGCUCUUCCCACGAAGGGACUCCAUAGCGCGAAUUAUAUUAAUACGCCGAGUUCUGUACAAAUUAUUUUCGCAGCGAGGCGCGUCUUCGUCCUUCGUGCACGCGGCCUCGCGAGCUUCUAGCUAGUAAAUUUCAAAUACGUUUCUACGUUACUCUGCGAAAUUGAUUCGUUCGACUAGUGAAAGAGAAUUAUAUUAAAUUGUUGAGCGUGACAGUUACUUGUUCACUUGCGUUGGAAGAGCAAAGUGUGGUUUGUGCGUAACACCUAAGGGUUUGAUGUAAUUUAUUUAUAUUAAGGAAAAAUUAUAUCUAAAAGAGAGGAAACGAU